AUGGAAGGAAGCGGUUGCUCCCAAGAACUACUGCAGGACCAGCAAUAUCGCGUCAUUUACAUUGUACAUCCUAAUAUGAAAGUAACACGAGAAAUACAAGUAAAUGGUAAAGCCAUCGAAACGAAAUACGCCGGCGAGUAUUUGUACAUGUCCAGUGAAGGACAAGCUAUGUUUAUUAAUUAUGCUCCCAGUGGGCAAUCUCAUUACAGCGAUGAUUUCCCAGUUCAUGCCUAUCAAGUGCACACGCCAACAGCUUACAGUGGUGAUGAUUGCUUGAGCAGACGAUGGACAGAAGUUAUCCAAAAACUUGUUCAUUUUGCUCGGAAUAAUAGUGAAGAAAAUCUAUAA